AUGAUCAAGCAUGUUUAUCUUAGUGCGAUAUCGGAACAACAUUUUCCAAGCCUGAAAGGGAUUUACGUGCAUGAUAAUCACUUGAAAACCAUUGACAUGGAAAUAUUUAGCAGCAUGAAGUCAUUAGCUUGGUUAUAUUUAAAUAAUAACAAAAUCGAGCGCGUCCAUGGACCAAUCGUAGGUUCUACAUUAAAGCAACUCCUCUUAUCGUCAAAUCGCCUAACGGAACUAGAUUGUUGCAACUGGAAUUUAAGCUCGUUGACAUCCUUUGAUUUAGAAAAAAACAAGUUAAAACGAUUACCAACAUGCUUGAGCAGUGCAAUGCCGAUUAUAGAUACCAUAAACGUAGGUUCAAAUGAGCUCGAAGACGACGGGUUUUGGAGCACAAUAACUUCCAUGAGAAGCUUGCAGACUCUUAUAGUGAAGCAUAAUAGUUUAUCGAAUGUGAACUUAACCAACAUUACCGUCCAACUUAAUUCGCUCGAUUUGAGUAAUAACAAAUUACGCAAUUUGACCAUCCCUUUGACAUCGGGACCACUCUACAUCAAUGUAAAAUGCAAUUAUAUUGACGAAUUUGAUCUUCCCAGUAUGUCCUCUAAUAUUAGCAAAUUAGAUAUGAUGUGUAAUCCAAUGGAUUGUUCCUAUUCAAAAAUGCAAAUCAUUGGCAUGAAUCACUCCGAAGCACAAUAUAGUAUUUGCAAAACAAAUGGCUUCGGUGAGCACUGUUACGGACCAAGUUGCAUACCAUUUUCGUAA